ACCCCGUACGGAGUGUGCGUGUGGGUUAAACAUUAUUAAUCUGUGUUCAACUUUCGUGACGUGCUUACACUGUGUGUUAGAAAAAAGGUUUUAGUACACUGGCCGCCACGACGAGUCAUUUCAUCGUCAAGAAACAAGAAGCACAAAGCAACCCAAUGGCCAGCUAACUCAACGCGAAUUAAAAAGAAAAAUGUCAAGAAAAUGUUCCAAAUUCAAAAAGAACUAGUGAAGUGGUAACUUUAUCGAUAGUGUUGAUUUGAGUUAUCAAAAAUGGAUGAGUGUAAUUCGAGUUUAGUGCAGGUUGUGCAAAAUGUGACGUUCUACCCUCGUGAGGCGACGGUGCUGGCAGCGAUAUGUGCCAGCAUAUUCAGCGUGGUCGGGGUUGUUGGUAACCUCAUCACGACCAUUGCCCUCCUCAUGCACCCGAAACUGCGGGGACACGUGACCACUAAAUUCGUGCUCUCCCUCUGCGUGUCAGACCUCCUGUUCUGCGGGAUCAACCUGCCUCUGACGGCAAACCGGUUCAUCCGCGAGGAGUGGGCGCUUGGGGAGACCAUGUGCCAGAUGUUCGCGUUUGUUUUCUAUGGGAAUGAAGCCGUGUCGCUGCUGUCUAUGGUCGCUAUUACUAUUAAUAGACACACGCUUAUAGCGUACUACGAUAUGUACUCGCAGAUCUACACGACCACCAAGAUCUGGAUCCAGCUGCUGCUGAUAUGGCUGGUCUCCUUCGGAUUCAUGGUGCCACCACUUUUAGGAAUAUGGGGCCAAUUAGGCUUCAACCCUAAAACGUUCAGCUGCACGAUCCUGCCCAAACACUGUAUGUCACCAAAGAAGUACCUAUUCGUCUUCGGAUUCGCGCUACCAUGCCUCGUCAUCAUUGUGUCCUACUCUUGCAUAUAUUGGAGAGUGCGAGAGAGCAAGAGAAAGCUGGAGGGACGAAGGUGUGUAUGUGGCAAACUCAGCGGUCAAACAGCGAAGGAGAAAGAAGAGGACUCUCGCCUCACAACCCUCAUGCUCACCAUCUUCCUCUGUUUCCUGGCUUGCUUCCUGCCACUCAUGAUCAUGAACGUUGCCGACGAUGGGAUUACCUACCCUUGGCUCCACAUAAUAGCGUCCAUUUUAGCUUGGGCCUCCAGCGUUAUCAAUCCACUCAUCUACGCUGCAACGAACAGACAGUACAGAGCAGCCUACGCUAAUCUCCUUAAGUUUUGCAAGAAUAAUCCUGUGGCCAAAAGAACAACGUGGGGAAGCAGAACGGUGGGGCAAUCGUCGAACUCACCAAAUUAUGUCGAAAAAAGAAAUCCCUUGAAAGAUAAUCCGACAAAGUUAUGAAUUUACCUCUACGAAUGUCCAGAAAAUGUAUCUUUUGCUAGUAUGUCAAUUUGAUUUGACUCAAAUAUCACUCUUAAGAUCAAAUUAUAUUCUCAGAAGCUUUUAAAAGAAGUAUUUUUGUACGUCUUGGCCUAAGAUGUAGUUACAAAAAAUGUCUUUGGUGUGUGAACAA